AUGACCAAAUCCGAGUUCUUUGACGAAGACCCCUCUGCGCCAAAGGCGAGUUUCCAAGGGCAACUCUCCAUCCAAGACUUCAUGUUCAAAGCCUCACAAUCAGGCUCAUCAUCAACACAACCCUCCUCGAGAACAACCAGGACCUCAACAGCAGGGACCAUGCUCACCCGCCGCAGCCCCCGUCUCGCGACUCCCGUCAAAGCCCUCUCAACACCAGCCUCCCCCUCCCCGUCCCCGUCCCCUUCCCUCAAGCGCAAGUCCUCCACCUCCACCUCCGCAUCCGCAUCCCCCUCCAAGACGCCCAACAAGAAGAAGAAAAAGUCCAGGUCGCAAGGCUACGCCCCGCCCUCCACCUACGCCCACCUCCCGCCCCUGGCCGACGUCCUGGCGCCCAACCUCCUCGUCCUCUUCGUCGGGCUGAACCCGGGCGUGCAGACCGCGCGGACGGGCCACGCCUACGCCCACCCGUCCAACCUCUUCUGGAAGCUGCUGCACUCGUCGGGCAUCACGCCCACGCCCGCGCCCUGCCGCGCCGACGAGGACCGCACCCUGCCGGCGCGCUUCGCCUGCGGCAGCACCAACAUCGUCGCCCGCCCGAGCCGCAGCGGCGCCGAGCUGGCGCGGUCCGAGCUCGACGCCGGGGUCUCGGUCCUCGAGGCCAAGAUCCGCCGCUGGCGGCCCGAGGUCGCCUGCAUCGUGGGCAAGAGCAUCUGGGAGAGCGUGUGGCGCGUGCGCCGCGGCGGCGGGCGGCGGGCGCCCACCAAGGCCGAGUUCCGGUACGGGUGGCAGGACGAGCGGGAGAACAUGGGCCGGGUGCAGACCACCCGCGGGGUGCUGGGCGGCGGUGACGGCGGCGACGACGACGACGACGAGGCGGCCGAUGUGGCGGAGGGGGUCGUGGUAGACCCGAACUGGAAGGGGGCGCGGGUGUUUGUGGCCAGCAGCACGAGCGGGCUGGCUGCCUCGCUGUCGCCGGCGGAGAAGGAGAGGAUAUGGCGGGAGCUCGGGGAGUGGGUGGAGAAGAGGAGGGAGGAGAAGGGCAUCAAGAAGGAGGAUCUGGUCUGA